UUCAGCUUUCAUUUUGUCACUGGGCGUUUCACUGGCAACUUUGUUUUGUACUGUUCUUUGUUUUUCUUGCUUGUCUUAUCAACUAGUCAACAAAUCACGUGAUUUACGGAUGAUAAGGCAUGUGAUGGAUGCGCCACCGCAAAGUCCUUAUGAGUGGGUGUUUUCUUCCAAAUCAGAAACAUCAUAUAGGACUGAUGACGAUGAUGAAUAUGAUAGUGAAAGGUCAACCAAUGAACGUCUUUCUCUGUCAGAUGAGUCUAUGAGUAAGUCAGAAACUUUAGAAAGUCGGAAAAAUAGAGUUUCCACAUUUGGGAAGCAACCUUCUAAACCAUUGUAUACCACUUCAUUUAAAAUAUCAUCCAAAUUUAACUCGACACAGUCUGAAGUGCAGACUACAUCAUGUAUGGGACUUCAGCGCCAUCUAUACACUGACAUAGUAAAUGGAAAAAAUAAUUCUGAAAAUGUUCAAACCGAUAGCGAUGGAAAACAUUUUCACCCAUCAUUGUUUGUUUCUAACAGAAACUACUGCCCAGCGACUUUUAAGAGCAGUGCAGUGGAACAGCCAAAUUUUUCACGCGAAAUCCUUUCUUAUUUAAACGAGGGAAACAACAGUAAAACUGGUGUAAUAGAAACGUGUUUUUCGACAAAGAAGUCGUCGCCUAACGAGGUUUAUUCCGAUAUGUAUAGUUCGACAGAGAAAGACAAAAUGUAUCCUGUAUAUGCUUCUGCAGAAACUUUCCAAUCUCCACUAGUGAUUUCAGAACCUCGUUUUCAGUGUAACGAAGGUUCUGAUUCCGAGCGACAGGGGGAGCUGCAAGCACUCGACUUUUCAUGUAACACUGAAGAUAACUGGUCAGAAAACCACGAAGAUCAUGAUGUAGACGACUCUAAAUGGUCAACUGUAAGCUCAAGUUGCGGUUUAACUACACCAGAGGGAAGACGAGUUGCAUUUGGUCAUCAACAAGCCAGUCGUCGAUUGUCGAAGAGAGGACGAUCACAUAACCGAUGUUUCGUCGAACUUCACGACGAAGAUUCUCUAGUCAAGUUGUCUGCUUUGGAAUUGGUUGCUAGGCACUACAGGAUAUCGUCGAUAUUGAGGGAUGCUCAGAGGAUAAACGGAGAACUUGAAGUACUGAAGAGAAGAGACUUUGGUCAAAUAAAAGGACGUGGGGCACGUAGGGGUGACCUAUACUUGUAGCCAAAAGAUUUUUGAGAUUUCUUGUGUACGAAAUGUUUUGUCUUUCAUGUUUUGCACAAACAUUUAAGUUUGUUUCUUGCUGAAAUGUUAAAAAAAAAAACUUGUUUUAAAUGGAACUAGAAACUGCCAAAAGAUGGGUCGUAUUUACCAUUAAGAAAAAAGUAUUUAAAGACUUCUUAGUUGGAGUGAGACGAAACUAAUUGAAACGAAAGUCGUUGUAGUUAAACCGAUAAAACUGUUGUUUAAAAUAAUGUACGUAUUAUAUUAGGCAAAACUAUUAAAAUA